AUGGCUAGUCUAUCCCCGGGAAUGAUUAACUUCGCCAUGGCUGUUAUAUUUCCUGCAGGAAUGGUGGUGAUGAGCUACAUGUCAAGUUCAAAUUUUUUACUUUUCACGAUAGCUGAUUUGCUCGCCCUGCCUUUAAGCAGUCAACAGGGAACUCAUCGUGGAAGCAAAGCUAUAUGCCAAGUGUCCGGCUACGCCAUGCACAUAUGUAGUCUGAUACCCAUACUUUUCCCGAAGUUGUUGACUUGCGGGUUGGCGCUGUACUCAGCUGUUGUUCUUUGGCUGAAGGUUUCCGUUAUCGGCAGUUUCAUCCAGGGAACAGUGCUGCUUACGCUGGUCCCGCUGAUUCUGUAUGCAUAUUUCUCGACUAUAGCAGUUGGGCCUGGUAGCCCGCUGGACUUUGAAGAGCUACGCAUCCGAGACCUCAACGACGUGGAGACUGGAAUGGAGUUCCCGCCGGACUUUUUAGCGGCCAAGACCGUGACGCUGGACAGCACAGGCCGGCACCGCUACUGCGUGAAGUGCAAGGUGUGGAAACCGGACCGCUGCCACCACUGCUCCGCGUGCGAUAAGUGCUACCUGAGACGCGACCACCACUGCGUAUGGUUUCCAGGCUGCAUUGGCUACAAUAACCACAAGUUUUUUCUGCAUUUUCUGCUGUAUGCGAGCGUCUAUGCUUUUUGGAUCUGUAUCAUCACAACGUGGGACCUGGUCGUUUGGUUCCGCGCCCAUAGCUAUGAGAGGGAGCUGUUGAAUGUACACCUUGUGUGCUUGUGGGCGCUGUCCGCGGCCGCGACCGUCGCGCUCACCGCCUUUUGCGCGUUCAACAUAUACCUGGUGUGCAAGAACGAGACAACGGGCGAAUACCAGCGCCGCAGUACGCUGAACAGUGACCUAGAGAUGUAUGCGGACUGUACUAACGGGCCGCGUACUGUCAUUGAGAACCCGUUCGAUCUUGGCAGCCGUCGCAGGAACUGGGCUGCGGUGAUGGGUGACACUUGGAAGGAGUGGUUGCUGCCAAUACGCACAACUGCUUCGCAGAAAGCCAGACACUCUUUUGAUGAGUCCGGGCUAUACUUCAAGAUUGACGAGCAAGCGCAUGCGAAGCUCGCUGAGAGCAUGGCGCUUCAAGCAAGACUGAUAACUCGUUUCAACUCCAAGCGUGCUGUGCAGUAA